AAUUCAGAUUUCCUUUUGACGAUAAUGGACUACCGACAGUUGUCUGUGACUUGACAUUGAAAAUGACAGUGACAGCAAUUUCAUCCACAGAUUAUUACAAAGUGAAUUCCUGUUUGUGACAACGUUCUCAAAUGGAAUAAGGUGAUGUGGGUCUCUGUGGAGGGUUCAGCGGCGGUGGCGCCCUGUGCUCGUGGGAAACACUCGGCCACUCUGCUGGGCGGGUAUGUGUAUGUGCUGGGCGGCAGAGGAGCUGGUGGCGCGGUGCCCUUGAGGGACUUCUGGAGGUAUUGUCUAGCAACAAGUAAAUGGGAGCGUUUGGAGGCUAGAGGUGAACCUCCGCCCGCCCUUCAGGAGCACAGCGCCACCGCCCAUCAUGACAAGCUGUACGUGUUCGGAGGGGAGGCUGCACUGGCAGAGACCCCGCUUUGGAUAUACGACACAACGAUAGAGAGCUGGCGCAAGCUGUCCGGGCAGGCGAGCUCGGCGAGUCGCGCGAGGCGCGUGUCGCCGCGCGUGUCCCGCACCGCGAGUGCGCCGCGCGGCCGCCGAGGACACUCCGCACACGCGCUCAAAGACUGUCUCCUUAUAUACGGAGGCUAUAAAGAUCUGAGAGGGUCUACUAAUGAACUCUGGGCUUUCCAUUAUGAGUCGGAGUCGUGGCAGGAGGUCCGCACGGCUACAGUGGGUCCGUCGCGCCACCGACACGCGGCCGCGCUCUACGACGCUCGCCUGUACGUGCACGCGGGUCAGUGCGACCUCCGAGACUGCAGCGACCUCUGGCACUACGACACCAUGUCUCGGGUGUGGACGCAGGUCCGUACUCCUGCCAAGACGUCCCCGAGCGCUCGCUCCGGCCACGCGGGGCUCCGGGCCGGGGCACAUUUCUAUAUCUUCGGAGGAGAGGCUCAUGGACACCCAACCAACGAACUGUGGCGCUUCCACUUCGCGACAGAAACUUGGGAGCGGAUCCUGCAAAGUGUGAAGUGGCCGUCGGCCCGGGUAGACAGUCGCGCCCUGCUGGUGGGUGGCGCCGCCCCCCGCCCCACCCGCCCUGCCCCCGCGCCGCCUUCGUCCGCGCCGGUCCGCGAGGCGCCGAGCGGCUUCUUACGUGAGAUCUCCAAGCUCUCCAGCUUCCACAUCCGGCGCGCGGCGCGGUGCUCAUACAGCGUGCUGGCCGGCGACCAGGACUCCACCGAGAGUCUGGUGCGGACGGAGCACUCCUCGCUGUCCAAGUCGCGCUCGGCCUACGUCAUCGACGAGCGCCAGCCGGCCGACGGUGACGAGGACCCGCGGGGAACCUCCGACCUCGCCAGGGAACCGAUCUCGGUCCCGGACUUCGCGGACAUGAUCCUGCCGACGCCCGUGCUGUCACCCGUCCAGACCACCAAACUGGUGUACCUCGACUCCGAGGAGGAGGAGGAUAUGAAGAGAGAAACCGAGCCCUACAAGAGAGAGAAGAACGGCACGCUCUCGCGAUGUAGAGUCGGUCCGAUGCCGAAAUCCGCUUCGGUGAAGUUCACGACGCAGAGAGUCGCGGAAACGAGUGUGGCGACUGAGGACGAGGGCGACCUGUCCACGUCCGACUACGCGAGCGCCGAGCGAGUUCACAGGCUGUCGGCCGUGUCCUCGGGGUUCAGCAACCCUCACUACCUCGGGCCGGACGUUAGGAAUUUAGGAUCAGCCUUGACCCCGGACUCGGGCGUCGCUCCCGGCGACAUCGAGCUGCAGGACCUGAGCGCGCGGAGGCCGGCGACGCGCGAGGAGCGACAACUGCACCUACUACUGGUGGGAGGCCGCGAGCCGCCUCACCCCGCGCUGCUGCAGAGGCCGCUCUCUCUGUGGAGCUACCGGCUACUGUAACCUACAGACAGACCAUUACAAUGCCAUUUGUACCUAGCACGGUAAGCCGUGUUGUAUCGAGGCUCCCCUGAUAUAUUAACGGUUCUGAGUAAAUGUUAAUAGUUGAGGUAGAUUUUUUAAAGCUGACAUUUUAUAGCCGCAACUAGACCAGCCUCCGUGUCUGCGUUCCUCGUUAAGAAAUCUGUACUUAAUUGUAGUCCUGCGACUUUUCUCUCUACACGUGGUCCGUGAAAUACUCCUCGUAUUACGAAUCGCUCGUUCAGGGAAACAAACCUUACUAUAGCUACUAAAUACUAAUCCCGCAUCCUCGAGCUCUUGACAGAGCCUCCCCGACAGCUCGCCUGUCUCCAUGUCCUAUUGUCCACGGUCAUGACGUCAAAGGCCGUCUCAUAUUGACCUACUCGAUGGUGCCAUUCGGCCAUUACAAUUUUGCUUACAAUAUAUACGAACAAUAUUUUUAUAAAAAAAUAAGUCAGUUUAUAACGUUUCUCACGAGUGCUACUCUUAGUUAUAGAUUUUUCUCUAAUAGGUCUACAACGGUCAGGCAAACAAAUGCUUCGAUGGAACAGAAGGUUUUAUUGCAUUUUACCAAAAUGUAUAGCUCAAAAGUUUUAAACAAUUAGUAUAUUUUGUAACUGGCAGCAAAGAUCAAAGCGACAGGUAAUUUAAUAGUAUUCUAAGCUUUUAAUUUGAGAAGAGAGACCGGAGUUGAAGCGAGCAGCAAGUUCACAAUGCGCCGCUUCUCCUAGUAAGGUAAUGUCAUUGUCUCAACGAGACGAGUAAACAGACAUUUUUUCCAUUUGUAUUUCCAUCGUCAGAACUUCAUCCGUCAUUACUUGACUAUCCUUUGCUAGUAAAUAAAGUAAAAUAAUUUUUCGAGGUACAUUUGAAAAUGUGACUUUAAAGAAUGUAAUGAACUGACUCCUCGAAAGAACUAGAACAUCCGGUCGUUGUUAUAUAAUACUGCCAUAACUUUAGUGUGUCAACACCAACUUCGAUUUAGGGAUCCGAGGAUCGGAAAAUAUAAUUAACUAGUGUAUUAAAUUGAUGCGUCCGUUAGCCUUUAAGGAGAGUGAGGGCGGUCCCGACGUCCCUUUUACAAUUUGCUGGUAGAUUUAAAUUGAACCCUGUCUAGGAAAUGAAGUUCGUCGCCGUUUUUCUACUCAUGUCUAAUCUUUGUUGAAAAAUAACGCAUGUAGACGAUAGCAUACAAGCAGAGAAGCCAUCGGUCAUGUUCAUAUCGGGAAACGGCGAAUGAAAAAAUAUAUUUGAUCUCUUAAAAGAUGUUUCUGAAAAAUAUUUAAUAUACUUUCGUUCAGAUUUGCGUUUCUUGUUUUUAAACUUACCGCGCCCGAGUUGUCUUUGUCACUUUGUUUAUUUGACUUAUGUCAAAAUGUUCUUACACAUAUGAAUCAUUGUUUUUGUUACUAAUGUUUUUUUUACGAUGUUAACGACUAGAAUGUUUGUAAUAUAUUUUUUUAAUACUCUGUACAGGUGAAACUCGAGCUGUAAAAUUAAUUUAAGUAUUUUUUUAUGUUACAUGUUUUUAAAAUGUUAAUAAAAUUGUAGCAGAUCAAAAGCA